UCAUCCGAUUCCUGUCCCCCACCUUACUCAUAACUCAUGAGUCAGGGCGGUAUUAAUUUAGGUUUUCCGUUAAUCAUAAUCGAAGUCACAGUCUGAGUUGCAAAUUUAUUCAGCUAACCAUUUUUCAUUCCUGAUUUCGGAGUUGUUAAGAAUGGUACUCUCGCAGAAGCUUCACGAAGCAUUCAAGGGAACGGUGGAGAGAAUCACUAAUCCUCGCACCGUAUCUGCUUUCAAAGAGAAAGGCGUCCUCAGCGUCAACGAGUUCAUCAUCGCCGGCGAUAACCUCGUCACCAAAUGUCCGACCUGGACUUGGGAAUCGGGUGAGCCUAGCAGGAGAAAGUCAUAUUUACCCGCUGAAAAGCAAUACUUGAUCACUCGAAAUGUUCCUUGCCUGCGGAGAGCCGCAUCAGUUGAGGAAGAAUAUGAAGCUGCUGGAGGUGAAGUUCUCCUUGAAAAUGAGGAUAAUGAUGGUUGGCUUGCAACACAUGGAAAACCCAAAGAAAACAAAACCGUGGAGGACGACAACCUGCCCUCAAUAGAGACUAUAGAAAUAAGUAAGAAGAACACGUUUCAAUCAAUUUCUUCAUAUUUUGGAGGCGAGGAGGAGGAAGAUAUACCUGACAUGGGAGAGUUUGAGGAUGCUGACAAUCUUGUUGAAUCAGAUCCCGUUACACUCCAAAAUACAUAUCUUGUAGCCAAUGAGCCUGAUGAUGAUAAUAUAUUAAGAACUCGGACGUAUGAUCUCAGCAUCACGUACGACAAGUACUAUCAAACCCCUCGGGUUUGGCUAACCGGAUAUGAUGAGUCAAGGAUGUUACUACAACCGGAACUUGUUCUUGAAGAUGUUAGCCAAGACCAUGCACGCAAAACGGUGACUAUUGAGGAUCAUCCCCAUUUGUCUGGGAAACAUGCUUCUAUACAUCCUUGUCGACAUGGAGCUGUUAUGAAGAAAAUUAUUGAUGUUCUGAUGUCAAGGGGAGUUGAACCUGAAGUUGACAAGUACCUAUUCUUAUUCUUGAAAUUUAUGGCCUCUGUGAUUCCAACAAUUGAAUAUGAUUACACCAUGGACUUUGAUCUUGGCAGUUCUAGCUCCUGAUUGACAAAUCAAUAGUUGCAUAUAUAGAAUGAAACUGGAAUUGCUGGUUGUGGUGCACUCUCCAUUAAUAUAUCGCCAAGGGGCACACUUGUAUUCUUGUUGUAAAAAGCAUUCACAAGACGUUUGCUUAGGAAGGAAAGGAGAAAUAGUUUGAACAACAAUUCUCAUUGAUGUCUGUAAAUUUCAGUGUUAGCAGUUUGAUAUUUGUUGUUAGAGCUCUUUACAACAUCUUUCCUGUUCUCUUUAACACACUUGAACUAAACCAAGAGUAUUGGUGUAUUACACGAGACUACAAGUAGGGGCAAACCUGCAGCGCUUGUGGUUUCUGCCCCCCCCCCCUCCCCCCCAGAACUGAAGCCAUGACUGUGGAUAUUGCGUAUGGUUCCCGGCUCGUUCCUGGCAGCCCAGUUCUGUCUUUUAAUUUGUUUUAAAGCCAGUACUAUGUUACUCCGUAUUACUUGUACAAUGUUUUAUAUUCUAUCAUUCUAUGGGUUGCG